UUGCCUUGGAUUAGCGAAGGACAUAAAUCUUGCUCGUUAGAAAAAGUACUGAUUCAUGUUUCUUAUUUAACUGACAGUAUCGGUUGCAUUCUUCUUUCUGUUGGACAAGAUGAUUUUCACGGUGAAGCAUUGGACACUCUAAAAUAUGUUGUAAACCAGUCAGAUUACACUGAACAGACAUUGAGAAAUGUAACACAAUACCUGUUACUCGCAAAAACUGUAAAUGUGGCGCAGAUUUUCCUCCCUUCAGACGUAAAAGAUGAUAUUGAUCGCCUAAAUGGAGACCUAACUUCUGCAGCAGAUAACCUCAAGGAGAAAACAAAUGAAAACUCAGGAAAGAUACGAAAGGUCUUCAAUGCUGUGCGGUCAGCUUUGAUCACUGUUGCUGUCGUUAUGCUUCUCAUAUCCAUUCUGGGUCUUUGCCUCUCUAUCCUUGGCCAUCAACACACAAUUCACAUAUUUAUCAUUAGCGGAUGGUUGCUGGUGGCAUUUACAUUCGUUCUCUAUGGAGUUUUUGUCAUCAUUAACAAUGCAAUUUCAGACACUUGCAUGGCAAUGGGAGAGUGGGUGGACAAUCCUCAUGCUGAAAGUGCUCUUAGCAACAUCCUUCCAUGUGUUGACCCGAGAACUACAAACCAAACUCUAUUCAAGAGCAAACAAGUCACUGUUGAUCUCGUAAAUAUUGUCAACGGAUAUAUAGACACAUAUGCAAAUUCCAAUCCAUCUAAUCAUCUCAAUUCAAAUUACUAUAACCAGUCAGGACCCGUUAUGCCACGUCUCUGCUAUCCAUAUGACUCCCAAUUGCAAGAUCUGCCAUGCCCGGCUGAUCAAGUGUCUAUGGCAAAUUCUUCAACGGUUUGGCAGAAUUAUACUUGCAGUAUAUCUGAGGCCGGAAUGUGUACUAGCAUCGGUAGGCUGACACCCGACAUGUACGAACAGCUAGUGGCAACGGUCAACAUAAGCUAUGCUCUUGAACAUUAUGCACCACCACUGCUUAAUCUCCAGAACUGCAAUUUUGUCCGCGAUACAUUCAAGAACAUCACGGCCAAUCACUGCCCUCCAUUGGAACACCAUCUCCGAGUCGUUAAUGCAGGGCUAGCCGUCAUCUCAGUUGGAGUCAUGCUAAGCCUUGCGUUGUGGAUAGUAUAUGCAAACCGCCCCCAAAGGGAGGAAGUGUUUGCGAAGCUCUCUUCGCGUAUAAAAAGCAGCUGCAAUGGUAAGAAUGUUAGCUGCAGCAAUAGCAACAUUGAUUUGUCAUCAAGAGGCACAACUCCAAAAAUUGGAGUGUAGAUAUA